CCCAAGAAAAAAUCAAGAAUGGGUAGAGAGGGAACAGAAGGGAAGGACAACGAUCUACUCUCUGCGAGAUUGAGGUGCCUGUACUUGGUCGGAAAUUCACAAGCCGCAUGGUAGUUAGGAAAAGUGUGAGGAUCAUUCUUCCUCACCUUUGACAGGGGUCGGGUCCUACAGCUUACCAAAAACAGUACAAAGGAUUACGGAGGAAUAUUUCUGCACACCGACCUUAAGUACCUUCACCUAAUCUCACUGACACGAAGGAUUAUGUCUCUGGAACUACUUCGCUAAGUGCAAAGUCGGGUCACCGGUUUUUGGAACUGAAAGGACCUUUUAACCUCAUGGGAGAACGUUCUCUGUCGUAACCAGCAAAGGCUCCGCCAUGCUCACGAAAAAAGACACGAGAGAAUGCCUUCCAGAAGUGCCCUCAGCCAACGGCACCAGCGGGACGCGGGACGGCUCCCACUGCGACUUGUGUGGCUGCACCACACCAGCGGUGCGCUGCGACAAAUGCAACCGACAAGUAUUCUGCUUGUCCUGCGAUGACAUGUACCAUCGCCAUCCACGGCGGAAGACCCAUCUACGCCGCGCGGUGGACAGCUUGCCUCCGCGUCACUUGCCUCCGCAGCCACCAGGAAAGUUCCACGGAGACCCAACCACAAUGCCGGUGCCUCCUCCACGAAAGAAAAAGUCCCUCUUCAGUGCCUUUAGCCGAUCCAGUCACCUACACGAACCUGAGAGGCAUCCUAUGCUGCCGAAGAAAGAAUUUUCAUGGACGGACAAGUUCGGCAGCAUCAAGCGUUUUAUGGCAAGCCGUCCAUUGCCUCCUGUUCCCCCUGAAGAUGAAGGAUCGCCACCACAACCUCUGCUCUACCCACGGGACCGUGGACCGGCAAACUACGUGAAUGUGGAUCCAAUUCCCCCAGCGGUGCCCCAGCGUCCUCCACCCCGAGUGACCAGUUCCCCGCGCAGCCAGCAACGUAGAGACAUUCCCUUUCCGACGAGCGCACAAGGCACUCGCAACGAAAACACGACGAGCUUUGAUGACUGGGAUGACGUCCCGUCCGCCUCGGGUAGUACGAGAGACAGCGAUGACGGAUGGGGACAAGAAGUAUCCCCAACGAGUGACCUCAGGCAGGGUAUACCGCAAGAACUCCAGCCAGGGUUUAAUACGCUGCAGAGGCAACGUCAUCAUCCACACUUGCUUGGACAUAGAGGAAGCUUCCAAGGAAUGCAGAGUCGAACACUGCAGCAAAGUACAAGUAUGACAGACCUGCAGGGCCAUCUUACUGCUUCAGGAUAUCCACCACCGCCGUAUGGGCCACCAAAUUUUGGGCCGUUCUUUCGCGGUCCUCCGCAAUUUGGCUAUCCGAUGCCCUACGGGAUGCACUCCACGUCGCAUCUCCAUUAUCAGCAAGGCCCUCAAGGGCCAUUCUUUGGUUCAACGGGCUCUUGGAGCAACGUCAAUUCGGCUGCCGAAGACGGCAAGGACACCGACGACGACAUGCGAAAGCAGCGUGGCGCUACACUCGACAGCCGCAACAUAAAGCGCAGCCACAGCUGUAUGCACGAUCCAGUGUUGAAUCCAGGUCAAUUUUAUCCCUUCGGCUAUCCUGGCUAUCCGCCCCAAUUCUAUCCGCCUUGGGCACAACCGCCAUCAAGCCCACCCUCGCCAUCACUGUCUCAGCACUCGCUCCCUGCUGGCGAAAGGCAGACUCGACGUUCUAGCGAGUCGUCCCGUCGGAGACAGAAAAAGCACAUGGGCCGAUCCUCGCACAGACAGGAUUAUUCUUCAGGCGAUCAGGAGGGAGACGAAGAAGCACAGUCCUCAGCGUCAGAUGGCGGGUACCAGAAGGAUUCUUCUACAAUGAAAAAGAAAAGGGCGACUUCAACGCAGAAGCAUGCCCACAAUGGCAGAAACAUUGUUGGUAGUACUGUGAUGGAGGGCCCUGGAAAAGAAAAUAGUUCGCGGACCUCCGCAGCUCCAGACUCCAACGUAACCGCAAUAACCCAAGCCACCCCCACGAAGAAUGAUCAAACGUCUUUAAAAGCUGUAAUUACACCUCGACAAGAACCAGAAACGAUCGAGGAAACUGAAAAAGAUUCCGAAAAGCACACAGUACAAACCGAGUCUCCAGAGAAACUCGAAGAGACCGAACGACCGAAAUGGGACCCAACAAAGCCAUGGAGGUGUGAGCACUGUACUUUUAUUAAUGGUCCAGGAUCUCGAAUUUGCCUAAUAUGUUGUAGAACGACUUUUCGAGAAGAGACACCUCCACCUUCUGGAGACGAGGAGAAACAGAAAAAGAGGUCCGAGUUCCAAGACACUUUAGCAGGUGCCAACAUAGAAGAGACCGAUGCAAAAGCGCUCUCUUCCACCGAAACUAGGCCAACUUUCGAUUCCGACCAAAUGGUAAAUGAAGUGAAAAAACCUCCGACCCAGCUAUCUUCGAUAAGAGAAGAAAGCAAAAGUCCUACUGGGCGCGAAGAGUUCACGGAAGAUUUCAUACGGGAACAAGAGGAAGUGGAAAAGGAGAUACGCCGCCGUCUCGAAAUUCAGCUCAAAAUAGACGAAGACAACAGACGCAUUGAUCAGGGCGUCGUAGAAGAAAAGAAGACAGUCCACCAUUUCCAAGCAGAUACUCCAGAAACGGAAUGUGCCAGUGCUCCAUCGCAGCCCCCGAGUUUUGCGAGCGCUACCACGGGAACAGACACAAAAGUUACUACCACUGGCGAAAACGCCGUUUAUGAGUCAACUAUAGAGCAAUCGCAUUCGUCUUGUCAGACAGCGCCUGCAGAAGCAGCGGCAGGAGAAGACUCGGCUGCUCAGACGACUCCAGCCGAAUUGCUGCUGUCCGUGCGGCCAAAAGUUCUCUGUAAAUCAUCCGUUGCUACCGACACCGAUGACAUUCGGGUGUUGGACACCGACAAGAUGGCGCACGAUAAACUAUCACCCCAUAGAUCAGAAGGGAGUUCACAACGGACAGCGGAGACUUCACGAGACCAAAAGCGUCUGGCCUUCAGCGGUGUCAAAGCGCAGUCUCUAGAACAGCCGGUGCCAUCUUUCUUGCAACGCAAGGCAGAGCAGCGACCGUCUCGAAUUGGAAACCUUAUUAGGACUCUGUCGAAAACGUCGCUGCAUACCGCCGAGCCAGGAGGCGAAGGACGCCUGUAUCGUAGCAGUAGCAGGUCUUCCAUUCAGAGCGACAUGUCGGACGCUCCUCCGGUUGGGCGUAAAGGGAUAAUGCGUCAUGGAUCAUUAGCUGAAUUUGACCGACCAUUCACGUCCCUGUCUGCCAGGAAGGAGGAUGACACAUCUUCUCUCGUCGGAGCCACCACUUGCAGCAACUAUUUCUCGGAGGGUCGGAAACAGGACUACUACCACAGCCUUGAAGAGCUUGUUCAACAAAGAAAGCAAGAGCAGAUGAAAGCCCAAGGCUUUGAACUCGUGCGCAUGAUAAGGGAAGCGGAGCAGCAGGGUUUCACGGCCGAUGACCUCCAGGUGGCCAUGAAUCAUUGCGGCAACGACAACCCAGUCCACUGGCUCAAGGAGAACUGGAGAAAUAUGACCGAGACCGUUGUGACUCUGGCAACGAACUAUGGUCAUGAUCGUCGAGAGAACAAUAUUGGGAUCGUCUCCACAACGGAGGCUCAAGCCGCGCUCCGUCGACAGAAAGGCAACAUAUGGGCUGCAGUAACUGAGUGUGUAGAGAACCGUCAGCGAAUGUUCAUGGAGCUCAGUUCGCGUGGCAGCUUCAGUCGUGAAGAGAUCCUCACUGCGCUCACUGACAACCAGGGUCUCAUAGACAUGGCAUAUGCGCAGUUGACCAAGGCAACGCUGAAGCCUUUCCUAAUGAGAAUCUGGGGUCCUGGUACGGGUGUGGACAACGAUGAAGGAGCGUGUCCGUCUGCGUUCCCAGCUCCACCCGGUAAUGAUCCAGAAGAAAGCGCCACCGAGCGCGUGAAGGACUGGCUGGACUCUCUCGAUGCCUCUCAGGUCGCCAGUUACAAGACGUCCCCAACAUGGGAAAAAGGCCAGUGGCAACAGAGACGGCGUUCAUACCAGGGAGGUUGCACGGAGGGUUCCUUGCGGGGAAGAUCUAGCUCUCCAGCUUCUUCACUCGCUAGUCACCCAGAAAUAUCAGAAACCAGCAGCGUGUCAUCAGCGGCACAAGAGACUACUUCGAGACUUGAAAGAAUACUGAGAAGAAGGGAAGCGCAAAAAGAGAAUGAAAAAGGAAGGAAGAAUAGAAAGGCAGCUGGAAAGAAGCGUUGGACGUUGUCCACGGUCUUCAAAGGCAAAUCAGAAAAUCAUUCGAGGAUCGAUUUCCCCAAGGCUGUGGACCAUUCGUUACAAGAAGAUAUCACGAAAUCGAAUUCGUCGACGGCUUCGCCGUCACCCAGCACUCUGAAGAGAGGGAGUAGUAGCAGCACAGAAACCGUGUCGUCGGCGACGCUGAGGCCACUGGAAGCAACAGGGGCGAAACCGAAGGCCCUUUUGGAACGUUUGUCACCUUUCAAGAAGGACCGAGCUGACAAAGUUGUCAAACACACAGACGCAAAUGAGCAUUUGGUAUCACAAACGCUUGGGCAUGGUCAUCCAAAUGGAACAGAAAUUAGAGUUGCGCACGAUCCAACCGCGUUAGUAGCCGGCAGUAUAACGACAACGGCAGCGAAGCCUGACGGCAAAGAUAUAGGAACCAAGUCAGAGGACGACACAAAUACAACGGCCAAAAGGAGAGAUCGUGACAUGAAAAACGUUCGACAAACAAUUCGUGACGCGAGGGCUUCUUUCCUGUCGGGUCCUCUAACACCUAUAACUCUAAACCUACAACCGAAUGUUGCGAGUAACUAUACGCCACUUUCGAGAUCAACGGUUCGAUCUUCAUCUGUAAAAGAACAAGCACAAACGGAUGGGAAGAGACUGUCAGUUACAGGAGAACGUUCCGAACCUGAGAUGCAUAUAGGAAGUGCAAAUUCGGGAAGCAUAAAUCGAUGUGAUACGGCGACACUCCAGAAUGCCAAGCCGGACUCGACGAAAACUGAUGCCAAAGUCAACAACGGCGUCCUGGUGACGGUGAAGGAAGGAUUGCACAUGAAAGGGUCAGAUUCUUUAUUUCGCAAAACAGAGGAACCACAAAGAGACUCGACUGUCGCCGAAUCAGUCGCCUCUCUUCCAGCAGCUCGUCAAGAAGCGCCGGAAAAUCCCAGCGCUACAAAGAACACUCCCACCAACAUGCCCGGCCUUCCACACUUAGUAAAUAACGAAGGAUUAAUAAGUGAAACAGAAUCGUCAGAAAUGAAAGGAAAAAGUAAGGAGGUGAAAUCGUACUCCAACGACAGAAAAGUAUCAACUGAAGAAAGCGACAGGCAAAGCGAUCCCGAGCCAAUUAACGACAAACAAAAAAGCGACCCUGAAAAUAAUAAACACGUGCAAAGCUCUUCGAGUUCUGUGGUACCAACAACACUUCUCUCCAAUCCAAUUAUAACAGUUUCCAAAUGUUCCACCGGAAUAGACAACACUGUUAAAACUCAAGGAUCUGGAAGCAGCGAUUUAAAUGAUUCUAUAAGAAAAACACUACCUACGCCGAGCACAAAUGCAGCGGCAGAUGUAAACAUGUCUACAGAAGCAACCGUGACGCGGGACGUUCACCCUAAGAGGCAGCCUGAUGAUGAAGUGCAACCUGACAGUGUACAGAAAGGUGCAGAACCAGAAACAAAAGAGCCUGCGACGUCCGUUAAUUCUCAGACGACUCCGAGCGGCAAAGAGGCUCAAGUCGUCGAGGCCACAAUUGGUCGCCGUACGAGACCACCUCCAGUAGAUGAAAGCUCAGAGUCUAUAUUAGCCCGUAAGCAAAGCAGACGGCUAAGUGACGGGUCCCUGACAAGGCGGAGGGAACGGCCGCGAAGUCAAGUGAUACAGCCAGUUGAUCAACCCGAGCCAGAAAGGCUUAUUAUCGAAGAACCAUCCACAGCCACGGGAAAAGGGCUUUACCGAAGGCCAUCUAUAAGACGGUCUCGAGGCUCAGAAGAUAAGGGGGAAAAUAGUGCUAUGCUUGGUCCUGACGGCAGCCCCAUCGUGGUGAAGCCGCAAAAGCCAAUUGAGAGAAGGGGUAGCAUUGCAGCCAGGCCUGGCAUCUUUAUCUCCAAGACGGUAGCAGCCAAUAUUGCUAAGCUGCGAUCUGUGCCACCACCGAAGAAGCGAACGCACGUACAGCCGCGGCCCGAGGGCAAGAUCCCGACGGAUAAGCAAAGACAAUAUAAGGAAAAGGCAGAACAGCUGGUAAACGACGGAAAGUGCCCAUCUAUGGUUCACGCACAACUAGUGGCCGAGCUAGUGGAUAUGAGUUUCGAGGAAGAUGACGCCAUAACGGCAGCAGAGCAGUGUGACACGAUUUACCAGGCAGUCAACUUUUUGCAGCACGAAUGCGAGCUGUGUGCAGCUAACUAUCCAAUUAGUCAGAUGAUAUCACUUUUAAACUGUGUCCACAAAGCCUGCAAGGAAUGCAUGAAAGCAUAUUUCACCAUCCAAAUACGAGACAGAAACAUAAUGGAACUCUUAUGCCCGUUCUGCAACGAACCUGAUCUCAGUGACGAAGACGUAGAACUGAACUAUUUUAACAACCUCGAUAUACUGCUGAAAGGCCUUGUCGAGCAAGACUUCUACGAUUUGUUUCAGCAGAAGUUACGAGACAGAGCUCUUAUGAAAGACCCAAAUUUUCGAUGGUGCUCUCAGUGUUCUUCAGGCUUCAUCACCUAUCCGGAUCAAAAACGGCUGGUUUGUCCAGACUGUCACGCGGUUACGUGCGCACUCUGCAGAAAAGUAUGGCAAAAGCAGCACGAGGGCACUACAUGCGAACAGUUUCAAGAGUGGCUGGACGCAAAUGAUCCGGAUAACCAGGCCGAAGGCAUCACUCGGUAUCUAGAAGAGAAUGGGAUCGACUGCCCAAAUUGCAAGUUCAAGUACUCGCUCGCAAGAGGCGGCUGCAUGCAUUUCAAGUGCUACCAGUGUAGCUUCGAUUUCUGCUGUGGCUGCAAUCAGCCCUUCAAGAUGGGGGAGAAAUGCGGACGAACACCUGCCUGCGCCAGGUAUGGUCUGCACGCCCAUCAUCCGCGAAACUGUCUUUUCUAUUUACGCGACAAGGAAAUAACGGACCUACAGAAGCUACUGAAGGAAAUGGCUGUACCAUUCAACACAGAUCCCCCACCACACUGGACGCCUAGCAAACUGUGUCAAGUUCCUGAACAGAAAGAGACAUCGACGGGCCUCAGGGAUGACAUUUGUGGCAAGGAUGUAGAAAACGAUAUGGCAGGGCUUUGCAGGAAGCACUACGUAGAAUAUCUUGGACAGCUCAUAUUCCGACACCACGUAGAUCCACUUCCUAUUUUUGAUAUCGAUGAGCUGGAGUUGGUACUGAAGAGGGAAAACGUCCGUUUGCCUUCUCGCUACAGACUCAGUGAAGAUGAAUACCGGGCAGCACUUAUCAAGGUUAUCGACGCAGAGGUACCGCUGGACGCCCUGAAGAUUAAGAGACGAGAAACAUGACGAAACUUACAUCAAACGAAAACAGAAUUCAUAUCCACAGUUCCGACGAGCAUUGCAGACCAUUUAGCCUAUAGGUUCCGCUUGCAUCCGCGUAUCUGCGAGUCCUUUCCUCAAAAGAAGUCAAGGGACCUUCACUUCUCCUCAAGUGAAGGCGCCUUCCCUUUUUGCUCGAGUCCCCUCCAUUCAGUUGAAAUAAACUAUGAAUUAUAAAAACGGGACCUGCGGUGGGUAUCUCGGGACGGACACACGGUCCGUGAAAAAAAGAAUGGAAGAAACAAAUGUGUGAAUAGUACCAUAGAAUUUAAUGGGUCCGUGUAAAACAGCCUUUACGCCUGUGGUGGAGCCCACCCUGCUAGAAAACAACGAUACCGCUCCCGGUGAAGCUAAACUCUAGAAAGCCUCGCGCCAUUACAACACGUUACAUAAAAAUCCGAAAUCUGACCUCAUUUGUCUCACAAUGAACCAUUGUUAUCCUCACAUGAAAUGCGGCAAAUAGGCAAAGGCCCAUUUCGAACAGAAGCGCCCGAAAAAAAAAAAAAAAAAAGAGAUAAAAAAAGAAAAAACGCCCCUAGAAAGGUUUUCUACAGUACGAUAUUUAUUUCACAAAUGUUUGAUAAUUAAAUGUGACACCAUGCGUACAGCAGAAAAUGUCGUUGAUAACAGGAGAAUGCGCCCCAGGAGCUGCUGUACUUGUCAAGAGAGGCUACCAAGUGCACACGGUGUGCAUUCAAUUUGCGUUCACUAAACAGCGCAAGGAUUUGCGCGUUCAUGUACCCAAUCAUGUUGCUCAGAGUUUUGACUCGAUGGUACACGUCUAUAAAAAAAGAUGUUGUGGUCAUGUACUGUACUGGCCAAGUAAUGUGACGUUGGGCAGGCACUAAUGUCAUUUCAGAGAUAGCAGUUAUCUAAAGCUACCAAUUAUUAGUAUAUUGCUGCUCGCAUACUGUCCGCUCUAUCUCUCUCAGAGUCAAGCGACAUUUCGAAUGCACAGAACUAUACAACGGGAGCCAGAGAUUGCACCGUUUUUGUUUGUCAAGUAUUGUUAGUCUGUUCCCCUUGCUACGUGUAGAAGCUGUGCAGUGCAUGUGUAAUAAAACAUGUCAAGAUUGUUAAUUUGUUAAUACUAUCCAGUUCCCGCAAUACGAAGCUGCGCUUCCAAUGUUUCCGAAUGAAAGAAACAAAAAUAUAUAUUGUUGUGAACCUACA